CGAGAGGCAAGAGGAGGUAGCGUAAAAUCCACAACCACAGGCCAGUCACACAGCAGACGCAGCACGAGGAGGUUGUGUUACUCCUCGCUACGCCGCUCCAUGACACCUGUCCCGGCGUGCACCUGAGUCGCCUUGAGUGUGUGAUCGUUUGUGCUUGUGACCCCCUCCGUCUGUUGGGACUUGCUACGAACCUUCAUCUCCUGCGCGUUUUUCAAGUUUUGCCAGACUUCACUGACUCGCUGGCUGAGCGAAAACUAAUAGAAGCGACAGGCAGAACAGCAGCAGCGAGGGGAAGGAAACCAUGGAUAUAAUUGACAGCACACUGGCGGACUUCGCUGAGAACGACCUGAAGGAACUGUGGGACUCCGACUACUAUGCGGACUCGCUGAGGGCUGCCCCGGGGAUGCACUGGCCAUACAAGGAGGCACUGAAGGUAGCAGGAGACGUGGACUGGACUGGGGUGCUUGAAGGAGGCGGCGGGGGAGGCACUGCAGGCGGCGGCGGCGGCAGCAAUAACAACAAUGGCGGCGGCGCUACAGGAGUGGUGCUCAAUGAUAGACUGAUGACUGAGGCUUCCCUGGGCGUCAUCUCACAGUUGAGCUCUCUUGGGGGCUUUGGGGGCUUUAGCAGUCUCUUGGCCUCCCACUCCCCGCUGGAACACACCCCCAGUACAGCAGAAGCGGACAAGACAGACGUCACUGACAGUACCGCCACACCCGCCGCCACUGACGCCGCUAGUCCCGUGGUGAAGGUUGAGCAUUCUUACAGCCUCGCCUCCGACAGCAGUCACCCACACUCUCCUUUGUCAGACCUUGAGAGUGAGUGCUUCCCCGCCAUCCCCAUAUCUGAAGCAGAGGGCAACGGCGCAGGCGGGGGCGUGACCACCACCACAACCACCACCACCACGACUACCGUCUCCACCACCAGAUUCACCACCAUUACGGACAGGAGCGCCACCAAUUCCAUCUCCAACACCACCACCACCGCCAGCGCUCCCAUCAGCAUCACCACUACCACCUCCACCAGCAGCGCCGCCUUCAGGAAGGCUAGCAAUGGGGGGUCCUCUGCCUCCUCCUCCUGCGCCUCCCAGUCAUCGGAGUGCGGGGCGUAUGACAUUCUCAGCACCCAUCCCAAUGCCCUGCUCGCCAUGCCCUCCCUCAAGACGAGCAUGGGCCUGGUUCGUCCCAGCGCCGUGGUGGUGACCCAGCGGAGCGGCACGGGGGUCGUUCACUCCUCCACCUCCAGAAUCGGCCUCUCUUCCCUCACCCUCAGACUCCCCUCGUCCGCCUCCACCGCGUCGACUUCCUCCACCUCCCCCACCUCCUCCUCCUCCUCUCCAUCCUCCUCCACAGACACAGGGUUCUAUUUGCCGCCCACGCCGCCCUCCUGUUCCAGCAGCGACAGUGAGUGCGGCAGCCAGUCACCCAUCCGCACGCCGCCACUCUACGAGACACUCACUCCACAGUUCUGCAACCCACGCAAGGUUGGCACGCGCACCUCCAUCUCCACCAGGAACCCCAUCAACACCCCGCUCAUCUCCACCCAGCCCAAAGGUGCCACUGGAGCGAUCAACUUGACGGAGGAAGAGAAGAGAACUUUGCUGUCAGAGGGCUACAACAUUCCCAGCCGCCUGCCGCUCACCAAGGCAGAGGAGAAGUCACUCAAGAAGAUCAGAAGAAAAAUAAAAAAUAAGAUCUCUGCGCAAGAGUCGCGGCGCAAGAAGAAAGAUUACAUGGAUGCCUUGGAACGCAAAGUUGAGAAGAUCAGCAACGAAAACCUGGAAUACAAGCGACGCAUCGAGCUGCUGCAGACGUCCAACUCGCAGUUGUUACUGGAGCUGCAGCAACUACAGUGCCUGGUGGAGCAGGACGAGAAGUAUCGCCUUAGGGCCUCGCCCAUCGCCACGUUGCUCUCCUGAACCUUGCAUUGCUUUGCGCCGCGGUCAAGCGGGCGCACCAGCGUGGCGUCCCAGACCGUGCUCUUCCCAGCUGUGAGUGAGAAAAGGUUCUUUCACCGCAAGUGCCUUCGUCUGCUAAGCCUCGUGGCAUUACCUGCGCAGCAGCUGUGCGUCCCCAGCGCGUGUGUCGAGGCGCCCCUCUUCCCUGAGGGGCGUGUCCACUUAGGCCUUAAGGUGUUGAACAGUUUUCAAGAGUUUAAUUUAAUGUUACUGUGCGUGUUAUAUACGGAGGAAGGGAAAUACACCACCUGUUGUGAUGAUUACAAUAUUGUAUGCAAUGAUUGGAAUGCUACAAACUCACGGGCUCCUUCCAUUGCCUUGCGGCGCAGCGCUGGAUGACGCUGAGGCUGAGGGGAGAAAAGGGAAGGGGAGGAUGAGUGUUAUGGGAGGAUGAGAGUGAGAGACGCAGCACAAGGAGUUAACGAACCGUCUUCUCGUGACCGCGAACCAGUCUGCGGCGCCAUGGAGGGAGCACGUGAGUUGUUGGGAAUCGUGACACACUGAGGUGUUCUUGAAGGACUUGAGACAUUCCUAUUUAUUUAGCUCAAUGAAGAUGAUGACCUGCGCCCCUCCCUUCCUCCCUCCCUCCCAGUGUGAGGCUCGAGGGCGUGAUGGAGGACCCGGCGAGGCAGAACUCUCAGCGUCACGAUUCCCGGUGCUGUGUUACGCAAUGCUAAGUAGUUUCACUAUAUUCAUUGUUACGUUGUCUUUGCAACUGGGAGGUUAAAGUGAGGCUCGCCAGGCCCCUGCGCUGGGGCGUCGGGCCCAAGGAUCUCCGCUUCAACAGACACACUGUCUGGCGCGAGCACUGAGGGGUCAGUCAUGUAGAAAUGUACAAAUCAUAUAUCUAUAAGAAAGAAACACUUAUUCCGAAGUACCAAAACCCUGGUUGAGGAUUCGUGGACCAAGCGGCGUGGGGCGGCCGCUCCCCCCCACCCGCACGCCUGCCGUGCCGUGCCGUCCACCUUAAAAGAUGUUCUAUUUCUGUACAAAGGAUUUUUGACACUUGUCAUGAUUGUAAAGUCAAUUUUUAUCAUUUUAUAGUUUAUUUUGAGGCUGGACAUUGUGGCGUGUCUGUUAGGUGUGAGUACAAUAUCACAGCAAACCGUCUGUAUUAUUUUUGGCCAAAGUGCAAUACUGAGCGUGUUUUGUCAAGGGCGGUGGCGGGGUGGCUGACGGGGAGGCCGCGGCAGGCUGUGAAGCCACGCGGCCGUGACACUGACACACCCUGCCUAAGAGUACCUCGCCCCGCCCCCUCACUAGAGUGAAAAAUACACAGAACAGACUGUUAA